GUUCCCGCGCCCCUCUAAGGGGGGCGCCGUAGGUGCGCGCCGUGCGCACGCGCGCCGUCCCGGAAGCCGCCCCUCGGCGUGGGGGGGCGUUGCGGUGGCAUGGCGGAGGCGCGACCCGGGGCGGGUGCAUUGAAUUUCAGUCCUGAUACUGCUGAUUCCACUUCAGGAGAAAGACAACCUACAGAUCUAAACUGGGUGAAUAAAGAUAGGAAAGAUCCUAACAGUAAUCAGAAUAGAAAUAAUUUAUCAUUUCCUAGUCUGUCCUCUGAAAGAGGUAUAGAUUUUGAUAGCUCUUCCACAAAGCAUCAUGGCUUUUGUAAUCCAGAAAGUCAAUAUGGGAAUUCUGAAGAGUUCCACCAAUAUUUUGGUGCCAGUAAAAGUUUGAAGAAUCGCAACUUGCAAAGCCACAGGUGGCACAGAUCAAGAAACGAUAGCACAUGUACUCGAAGUAAGAUAAGGCAAAGUACUGCUGAUGCUGGUCCGGGUGUUUCAGAUGCUGCAGUAGUACCUGGGAGAAGACCACCUCUUAGAGGAUACAGUGACUUGCUUUCCUCAGAGAGUGACAGGGAGGUACCUAAUGCAGAUAGCAGAGGAGCUAAGCCAAAGAAAACACAUCUGAUGCAUGCAUCUGGAAGAGGAUUCAGGGAGAAGGGAAAGCAAGUACAUGACCGGGAAAAGAGAGUGAGCUCUAAACAGAAAGCAGAGCUGUUUGAAAAUGUUCCAUCUUUGGAUUUGACUCAGUCUGACUCUUCAGAAUCAUCUGUUGGAAAGGCAUUCUGCGAUGCACCUGUUGGUAGUGGGGAUGAGCAGAAAGGCUACAAUUACGUAAACAAAAGAUAUCCACGGAAGCCUGUAUGGAAUAAACCCCCAGCAGAAAAGGAGUGUCAGAAAAGACGUGAUUCUCACCGUAGUAAAAAUACAAAAGUAGGUAAGAAGUCUUCUCUUGCGUAUACUCCAAAAGAUAAAAAUGAGAAGAAGAAAGAACUCUCUGUUCACAAAAAUGAUGAAAACUUGACCAGUGAAAUCAGGCAUGAAUUGUCCAGUUCUGUCAGAUGUAAUGGAAGAAAAUUCCUGCUAAAGGGGGAUCAGGCACCUGCACUUCAUUUCAGCUGGACCCAGUACUGGAAAAAGCAAAGUGAUGUACCAAAAAACAAAGAAACUCAUACAGGGUCAUUGAUUGAACAGCUGACCACAGAGAAGUACGAGUGCAUGGUAUGCUGUGAGGUGGUCCGAAUAGUAGCCCCAGUGUGGAACUGUCAGAAUUGUUACCAUGUAUUCCACCUGAAUUGUAUUAAGAAGUGGGCACGAUCACCAGCUUCACAAGCUGAAGAUGGUAAUAGUGGUUGGAGAUGUCCAGCUUGUCAGAAUGCUUCUACGCAAGUUCCUAAAACUUACACUUGUUUCUGUGGUAAGGUGCACAAUCCUGAAUGGAAUAGAAAUGAAAUCCCACAUAGCUGUGGGGAACUUUGUGGAAAGAAGAGACAGUGUUUGGACUGUCCACAUCUUUGUAACAUCCUGUGCCAUCCAGGACCUUGCCCUUCAUGUCCAGCCUUUGUGACAAAAACAUGUGAAUGUGGACAAACAAGUCAUUCCGUUCGUUGUGGCCAAUCAACAAAAAUCCAUUGUUCUAACGUAUGUGGAAAUACUUUAAACUGUGGUAAGCACAGCUGUACUCAAGUGUGCCAUGGAGGAAAAUGUUCACCUUGCCAAUUAACAGUACAGCAAGUGUGUUACUGUGGAAGCACUUUUAAAGAAGUAUUGUGUGGGACAAAGGAAGAAUUCUCAGAUGGAUUUGGGAAUUUCUCAUGUCAGAACAUAUGUGGCAAAAAAUUAAAUUGUGGGAGGCACAACUGUACGCAAGUAUGCCACCCUCAGCCUUGCCAGCUCUGUCCACGACUUCCACAAGUAGUGUAUCGCUGUCCCUGUGGUCAGACUCCUCUCAGCAAGUUACUGGAAUUAGGAUGUGUUGAACGUAAAGUAUGCACAGACCCUAUCCCGUCCUGUGGAAAAACAUGUGGCAAACCUCUUUCUUGUGGUAGCUAUGAGUUCGUUCAUACAUGUGAAAGCCUUUGCCAUGAAGGAGACUGUAGACAGUGUUCUCACACAUCAAAUAUUUAUUGUAGGUGUGGCUUCAAAAAAAAGGAAGUCCCAUGUGCUCUUCUCAGAAAUAAAGCUGCUAUCACAUUCAUGUGUGACAAGCGAUGCAACAAGAAAAGAUCAUGUGGACGACACAAGUGUAAUGAAGUUUGCUGUGUGGACACAGAACAUAAGUGUUCUUUGGUUUGUGGUCGUAAACUCAACUGUGGGCUUCACAGAUGUGAAGAACCUUGUCAUCGGGGUAGUUGUCAAACGUGCUGGCAAACAAGUUUUGACGAGUUAACUUGUUAUUGUGGUGAAUCUGUGAUUUACCCCCCUGUCCCCUGUGGCACUCAGCCACCAGAGUGUAAAAAAACGUGCACCAGGCCACAUGACUGUGAUCAUCCAGUGUACCAUUCAUGUCAUAGCGAGGAGAAAUGUCCACCCUGUACCUAUCUCACUCAGAAAUGGUGUAUGGGCAAGCAUGAACUGCGAAGUAAUAUUCCUUGUCAUCUCACUGACAUUUCCUGCGGACUUCGCUGCAAUCAAAUGUUAAAAUGUGGAAUGCACAAAUGUAAAAGAAUCUGUCAUAAGGGAGAAUGUCUUAUAGAUGAAGAGUGUAAACAGCCAUGUAUUAUUCCAAGGCUAUAUUGUAGUCAUCCCUGUAUGGCUCCAUGUCAUCCUUCUUCACCCUGCCCGACAACAUCCUGCAAUGCAAAGGUCGAUCUUCAGUGUGAGUGUGGAAGAAGAAAGGAGAGUAUGAUUUGCUCAGAAGCAUCUAAUACGUAUCAAAGAAUAGCUGCUAUAUCUAUAGCCACUAAGUUAACAGAUCUACAGCUUGGAGAUUCCGUGGAAAUCAGUAGGCUUAUUACAAAAAAAGAAAUGAAGCAGGCAAGGUUGCAGUGUGAUGAGGAAUGCUUAGCUCUUCAGAGGAACAGGCGUCUUGCUGAGGCUCUUGAAAUAGAUGACAGUUCUGAUCCUUUUAAUAUCCGUUCUUCUGGACCGAAGUACAGUGACCUUUUAAAAGAAGAUGCAAGGAAGGAUUUAAAAUUCGUCAGUGACAUUGAGAAGGAAAUGAGAAUGCUUGUGGAAGCUGUGAAUAAGGGCAAGCAUACAAAGAAGAGCCAUUGUUACCCACCAAUGAACAGAGAUCACCGCAGAAUCAUCCAUGAAUUAGCUCAGGUUUAUGGCAUUGAAAGUGUGAGCUAUGACAACGAACCAAAGCGUAAUGUUGUUAUCACUGCAGUGAAAGGGAAAUCAUUUUGUCCAAGCAAUACCUUAACUUCUGUGCUAGAUAAAGAAAUGCAGAGCAGGCCUCCGCCUCCUAUUCCUCAUUACAAACAAACAGAUAAGAGUAGUGGAAACAGUGGUUUAUCCAAACCAUUAAAAGAAGAGCCGGUAAUUGAUUACUUUGAUGUCCAGGACUGAAGUGAUUGAAAUGAAAUUCAAUACAGAAGCUUAGAGGUCAAGAUACUAAGUUAUUGUGUGAGGUGCUUUUUGGUUAUCUGUUAAAUGAUCAGUUGUUCGGUAUAUUCAUGAUUUAACAUCUAAAGUUACAUUGAUUGUGGUACUUUAAAAAGUUGCAUUUUUACAGUUUACAUAACUGCAUAAUACCUAACAAUAGUGUAACUUUUCAGACCUGGGUUUGGUGCAAUUCUCUAUCUAAUGUGCUGUUAGAAUGAUGUAGAUUCCAUUGAUGCCUUCAGAGUAAGAGAACAAAAAUAUAUUUUUGGGGGUAGUAAGAACAACAGUAAAUCUCCAAGAUUUAUUUUGACAUAUCUCACACAAGUUAAAAUGGACCAGAAAUAAUCUGUGUUAAAAAAUACUAGGGAUUAUAUUAAAGUGUUUUCAUAUUUUAUUAAUUCACUUUUGUGUUAAAGUGGUGAAUUUGGGAAUUUGAGUUUCUCUUCUGCAUGGAAGGAAAUAUAAUAUUUAGUCUGAAUAUAAAUAUACACACUAUAUGCCCACUUUGAGCAGAGACUUCCUUUGGUCUAUGAAAAAACAGGAUUUGGGGAAGGUAGAGAAUUAAGACUGACUUUGCUUUCUCUCAAAUUUGAUUUGAAAAAACCAAACCAAACAUAAAACAAAUAAAACCCCGAAACUAAAAAUCCCAAACACCCACCCCCAAAAUAACCACUACCACGCCCCCCCCCCCCCCCCCCCCCAAAAAAAAAAUAAUACCAGACCUUGAACAAAAUCAGACUUUAUAUAUUAUUUUGGUGUUCUAUUUGGUUUACUUUGUAUUUAGAUGUUAGCUUGAUGGUCUGGGGGUUUUUUGCAUGGUUUUAUUGGGGGGUUAUCUUUUUCUGUACUAUGCAAGCUUAAGGUGAAUCUGUGAAGUUUGCUUUAAGUAUGUUACGAAUUUGGAACAAAAUUUGUAAAAUUUAUAAGACCAUCUGUCUAAACUGUUUGGCAAUGGAAGAUCUUUGUUUUAUGGGAAACGCCAUGAAGAAAAUGGGAUGAUGGUUUAAACGGUGAAGGACACCAAAGUGGUCUCAUAGAGGGUGAGUUGUUUCCAGACAAACAAUGAGUUAAGGUGGGUGACUGUAUUUCUGGGAGGUCUGAUCAGAAGGGGUGGCACGGCUCUGAAUUUGAGUAAUACCUGCUCACUCGAGGAGGUUCUCUGCACUGGUAACUUCAGUAACUCUGGUGCACUGUUCUAGUGUUCCUUGUGGCUGGCUGCAUGUAGCACUAUAGGUGAGUCCCCUAGGCAGCAUCGGAGCCUGCUCCUAACAGGGGCUUAGCAUGGUGAAGAAGCAGAUCUAGCAAAAGACUUGUCAUCUGGUGUUCAUUUAUUUUUCAGCCAGCUCAUUAUGGUGUAGCAUGAGGUUUGUUGCCAAGAAAACGGAAGGCAGUUAUUCAUGCUUAGAUUCGCUUACAGUUAUCACAUGACCCUGAGCCUUAACGGUGAAGCAUUCUGUGGCUACGUAAUUGAUCUUGAACAGCUUGUGGAACAUGAUAGAAUGAGCAGCAAACUCUCAGCGUCUGUCCCCCAUAAUGUUUUGAAAUUUAAAACGCAUGCUGUUAUUGCAGAUUUUUGUAGGAGCUUAUUUCACAUUAAAAAAAUAUGCAUUCUUAAAUGUUUCUAAGGAUUUGAAAUGCGUAUGCUUCAAGUAAAACAGCUACCAGAAGGAUUCUCAACCCUCAAGAGUGUUCAGGCUUUUAAUUUUCAGGUAGUGGUUUAAACUGGUUUUACCUUUUUUAUAUAUUUUGUGGACAUGAAAAAUAAAUUAAAUUGACACAGCUUAUAUUGCCCUUAAUUUCUUAAGCCAAUUAAUGUUUGAUUCUACAGUGUGUACUGCUUUCCUAAGUUCAGCUGAAGAAAUAAGUUUCUCGGCAUCUUCCCAGGAAUGUAGUUCUUCAGUCCCUUCAUUGUGAGGAGUGUACCUCCUCGGUGCUCGCAGACAGGUAUCAGCUCACUGUGGCCAGACGAAGGCUUAAUUCUGGUUUCAAACCUCAGAGGGAUGUUAAUAUAGCACGGUAUGGUUCAAGCUCAUAGCACCUGUUAGGGAGAACGUUCGUAGUUCUACUGCAGGGGCAGGGGCUCAGCAGAAGCUGGCACAUGCAUCCAGCAAGCUGAGAGAAUAAAGCUGGAUGCACAUGCAGCUGCUAUACCAUAGGUAGACUAAAUCACUCUGGUUGUCUGUAAUGUUUAGUUGAUCUUUAGUUGAUUAUUCUAAUAAAUAAAGCUGAAGCCUAUUAACUUUCCACGCAGUUUCACAUUAAUAUAGCUAAAACUGCACUUUUGCGCAUCUGAUUUGAAAUUUAAAACUUAAAGGUUUUAUAGCAUUAUAUUUAGUUCUGCUCUUUGGAGUUUUUGUCAGAUUGUGGCUUUAACAUAAAGUGUGAACCUUGGUGAGAUGGACUUCUGCUGUCAAGUGUUCUGCCGUGGCUUUUAAUAAGAAAACCCAAGUAAUCUUCAGCUUCUCAAGAUGAGAUUAAUGAUUAUUACUGAUUCUGUUCAUACUGAGAAGUCGUAAUUCUCAUCACUAAACCUCUCAACUACAUGAAUGUUAAAACAUUUUUAUAGAUGUUACACAUCUAAAUCGUGGCUGUUGAAGGUGCAUCUGUAGUUAUGAAGCGAGUCACAUGUACAGAAAAAGUUAUUUUGAAAUGCAUUCUAACAGCUCAGUUAAAAACAUGAUACCAUACAUUUACCUGGGGAAGUAAAUACCAAAAAGAAAGGAUUUAUGUCUGUCUUCCCAGAACAGUUACAUAGCCUUAAGAAGGAACUCAGCAAAGUUUAACAGUGGUGCUGUCUUCUAUGUUCUGGUUUGCUUUUUGCUGCAGUGUAUCUGUGACUUUCAUAUGGAAUAGUACUUAAAGGCUGUAGGUUUGAUAUCCGUGAUAACUCAUCUUCAUAUUGCACGUGUGCCUCAUGGAAAUAUUUUUCAAAUAGCUAUUUUGUAAAUCUGAGCUGGCCUUUACACCUUCUAACAGAAAAAUGAGUGGAUAAAAGAAAUCCUUGCAUCAGUGAAGUCAGUGACAGAAGUCCUGUUGACAUCACUGGAACCAAGACUUAAGCUUUGAUAUGCUAGUCAUUUUCCACAGCCUGAAGAGUAAUAUUUUCUUGUAAAUUUAUUUGAAAAAAGUACUCUGCAAUAAGCAUCUUUUGAAAUAAAUUGUGAUGUCAGUUGGAAUUCAUGCAACUUCAUGAAGUGCUUUUAAAAUUGUGUAUAAAAUAGGCAGAUACUUUCGCAUUUGGGCUGUGCUAUUGCCUAUCUAUAUUGUUUAACAUAAGUGCUCUGAAUAUUCAGUGCUUGGGUUUAACCUAAAAUUGUGUAAGAUGCUUAAGUAGACUUCAAUACUACUGUUUCUGUAGCAGUUUUGUACAGUAUUGGCCGCAUAAUGAAAUGAGCAAAGUAAAGUUGUUCUAAAAGACAUAUUCUUAAGUUAUUUGUGAAAGUUUUAUAUUUGACUUGAUUUUUUUCAAGUUACUGGUAUAAAAUUACUUUCUCUAUAAAUCUGAAAUAAAUCUCAGUUGGAAGUUCAGUGUUUUGGAAUUGUUUACAAGCUUUGUCUUGGUAUUCCAAAUUUGGAAGACUGAGAUACCACAGAGAAACAAUAAAGGUUUAAACGGAGGUUUGGGGAGUCCUUUUCCUCAAGUUUUGAAAUAUGAGAUGUGAUUUCCUGGAUUUGAAGAGAUUUUAAAUGAAUGAUGUAAGGAGAACGAAGCAAGUAAAGAGGGACUCCCCAGGAAAGGGAGAGUAAGGAGUAUCUGCUGCCUUCUCGGGAUUCAGCAGUGCAGAAGAGAUAAUUAUGAGAAUAUCUGAAAAUGUACAUAGUGGUUACCUGAAAAACCCUUUACUAUGUCAGCCUAAAUGCUACUUGGCAAUAAAACGUAUGAUUUUAA